AUGGAACUAGGGAAGUACGACGUAAUAUUUCGACCCGCCACGUCUAUAAAGUCACAGGUCCUAGCAGACUUCGUGGCUGAAUUCUCCCCUGCCUUGCUCCCAGCUUUGGAGCUGGAGGUACGCCUCCGAGGCAAAACUAAGGAAGAGGGAGAAUGGAUCCUGCACGUUGAUGGAUCCAGUAACGUCAGAGGAGCUGGAGUGGGGAUAGUGCUUACCUCGCUAACAAGGGACACAGCCUCAAGGGCCGUGAGAUGUAACUUCAAAGCAACCAACAACGAGCGCGAGUUUGAGGCCCUAAUCGCAGGUCUAACCCUUGCCCACCAAAUGGGGGCAGAGAAUAUCCAAGUCUUCGGCGACUCCCAGCUGAUAAUAAACCAGGUACAGGGAGAGUACCAAACAAAAGACGACAGCAUGAUCCAGUAUCUGGCGGUCACUCAGCGACUAAUCAAGAAGUUCAAGAGCUGCAAACUCACUCAAAUCCCCCGAGAACAAAACUCGCAAGCCGAUGCCCUGGCUAAUCUAGGGUCCGCCCUCAAAACGAACAGCCAGAUGAGUAUCCCCAUGCUCGUGCUCCAAUGGCCAGCUACCUUGGAGGAACUCCCGUCAGAGGAGGUCUCUGCCGUCGAAGAAGGUGAAACCUGGAUUACCCCCUUAGUUCGGUACCUGGAGGCCGACAUCCUCCCGGAGGACCGCAACGAGGCCAGGAAGAUCAAGAAGCGAGCCGCAAGGUAUUGUAUCUCCCAGGAGAAGCUGUACCAGAGCUCUUUCUCUGAGGCAGAAGCCUGGUGCUCAGAGCCAGAAGGGCAGGUUACAACUGGCCCACGAUGGUCGCCGACGCCGUCAGACAAGCCAAGCACUGUGACCAGUGCCAAAGGCACGCUCCAGUCUCCAAGCUUCCCCCGGAGAACCUCAAGUCCAUAA